AGUUGUCGAGUACGGCAUUUGGAGCUCAGUGAUUACAGUGCCCUCAUAGCUACAGGACGUGCGUGAACAUAGCUCCUGAAGGUUGCCAAUCUGCAAGUAUCCAUCGAGAGCCCAUCUGUAGAGUAUGAAGGUACCACCUCUGAACCUGACGCCUGACAUGAACAGAGUCGGUAUGUCGUUGCCCUUCAGUCCGGAGCUUCUCUGGAGGUCCUACCCCAGCAUGGCCUUCUCGCAGACGGCGUCUGCGGCGCCUCCUUCACCUCUCGACGUCAAAAACCAGCUCGACAUGAAGACCUUGCCGUCGCGUCUCAGUUUGGAUCCCCGCGUUUGGUCGCGAGAAGAAGUAAUAAUUUUCCUUGGUUGGGUUGAGAGAGAGUACGACCUGCCCGCCAUCGACACCUCCAAGUUCUGUAUGAACGGUAAAGCCUUGAUGAUGCUGAACAAAGCAGACUUGUGCGAGCGAGCCCCAGACGCCGGGGACAUCGUACACAACACCCUGCAGCAGAUCUUGGGCCAGUCGUCGCACGUUCCUCCUUCCCCUUUGACUCCUCACCACCCCAUGCUCUCCCCCUCCCCUCUCACAACCUCGGCAGCAGCUGCCACUUCUCAGACUUGGUCGUUAAUGCCUCCAGAGUUCCACAACCUGAGCCACUUGCUCCAGCAGAACAGCUCCGUCACCCUCAGCCCUGCCCACUCAGAACAGAGCGGAGGCUCGCCCCGGCACCCCGAUAACGCGUCCACCACUUCCAAUGGCUCGGCCCCGGGCUACCCUCACUCUGGUAGCCAAUCAGACUCUGAGGACUCCACACGAGAUGCCUCAUCUCCACAAAGAUCGCCUGUACCGGCCCAGACGACAUCCCAGUCGAAUUUCUCAGUCCACGCAUUGGCAUCGUUCAAGCAAAUUACGGACUACCAACAGCGAAUGCAAGCUGCUGCCGCUGCUGCAGCUGCAGCUGUUCACAGUCAGCACCAAGAAGAAGCCCAUCACAAACACCACCUGCAGCAGGCUCUACAGUUGCAACACCAGCAGCAGCAACAGUCUCAGCAGAGUGCGUCGCAGCUCCACCAUCACGUUUCUCAUCAAAUUCCAUCGCAUGUCCAAAUCAAAUCUCGAUCGUCGCCCCCAUUGAGCUCAUCAUUGUCUUCAAGUUUACCAGCGUCGUCACAGCAACAGCAGCAGCCGCAGAGUCCUGAUGAGGCCGUGGAACCCGGCACAAAUGGACGGCUUUUAUGGGACUUCUUACAGCAACUCCUGAACGACAGGGACGGACGGUACGCUCGGUACAUCGCGUGGAGGGACUCCAGCACGGGCGUCUUCAAGAUAGUCGAUCCUCCGGGCCUUGCACGACUCUGGGGCAUUCAGAAGAAUCAUCUGAGCAUGAAUUACGACAAAAUGUCCCGCGCACUGCGCUACUAUUACCGUGUCAAUAUACUUCGUAAAGUUCAAGGCGAGCGACAUUGCUACCAAUUCUUGAGGAACCCAACCGAACUUAGGAAUAUUAAGAAUAUCAGUUCCCUGAAAAUCCCGUCUAGUGUAUCUCCUCAGUCGCCGCAACGGCAGCACCAGUCUCAGCAGCAACUGCAAUCCCACCAAAUGCCUCAUCAGCAGGCGCUGCACAUGCAGCAGCAAUCUAUGAUCUCAUCUCAAAUGGUGUCUGAAGGUCCAGAGGAUGAAGAGGAGGAAGGACCUACCGACCUGUCAAUGUCGAGCCUGCAUCACCACCAUCAUCACCACAGCCACCACAUUAGCCGUCACUCUCCACAAGACAUGCAUUCUCGUCGCGCUGAUUCUCCUCAAGACAUGAGCGUUGACGCGCACUUCGUCAAGGAAGAAGUUUCCACUGAUUAAAUGUGUCAAGAAAUUUCGUUGUGUUUCGAUUGUUUUUGCGUGACUGAGGUUCUAGAUGUGACUAGAUCUUGUGCUAUUUAAUCAUUCGCGCUUUUAUGGGAUUUCAACUUGUUUUAUCUGAUGUCUGUGUUACUACAAAGAUUUUAGUUUAAUGCAAAUCAUAUUGUAUUUCAUUGUUCGGUAUCCACAUUUCAUCACGGUACACAUUUUCAUUUUAAUUAGAUUUUUGACUCACGUUGAGUUAAGUGAACGCGUUCUGAUUUCAUUUAAUGGGGUCCUUAUAGUGAAUUUAUUGCUCGUGUAUUUUCUCUUGUAUGUGCUGAGGUUUACGGUUUGUCUGAGGAACCAAAUUUACUGUGAUAUCCAGAGCGUGUAGAUAUAAACCCUCCCUUUUUUCUAAUUAGUUCUAGUGUAAGAAUUGACGUAUAAACUUAAGCACUUAAGACGGUAUUAAUUUGCUAUUUGAGUUAUUAUGAACAUAGGUUUUUUUUAGCGUAAAGAAAAUCUUAUUUUCAUCGGGAUUUGAAACCACGUUGCAUUAUCGUAGCUUUAGCGCUUUCAGUUGUUGAGCGGUUAUACUGAAUAGUCGGUUUGUACGUCUUUCUUUUGUUCAAAAGCACGAUGGGUAGAAUUUCGUGCUAAGCAUUGUGCAAUGGCACUAUUGGAAUAUUGUUCCUCUCGUACGUGUAUAAAUAAAUCUUUGUAUAACUGCUAUUAGUUUAUAACUCGUCUUUUUUUGUACAAACUUUAUGUAUUCGAGGAUUGAGAGCAUAAACAUUAAUUAGACUUACUUGCCUUCAAACAUUCUUUGAGUAACUGCUGGAUGUUUCAAUUAGCUGUACGCAGCAUUCUAUGUUCUCUUUAAUAACUCGCUUAAAGAGACGAUUAGAUGCUUGUACAUUUCUUCACCUCUAUCUCCGUUAUUAUGUUUUUGUUAUUAUGUCCGCAACCUUAUUAUGUACUUUAUCUUUUCAAGAGCAGAUUCUCUUUGAGGUUCGGUAGUCAAAUAACAGUGAUGCAGUCAGACGUGCCCUCACGCUAUGGACAGAAGCUGGAUUCGUUUCAGGGUACUGCUUAUUCAUGUACUCAUGAAUAAGCAGUACCCUGACUCAUGCUUAAGUACCCUGACUCAUGCUUAUUCAUGCUUAUAUAUUCAUGUACUGCUUAUUUGAGGCAUUAUUUGUUACUUUUAUUCAAGGGAUUAAAAGACGUGUGAGAGUUUGUUACCUUAGUCAUUUCCGAACUUGCCGAGUUGGCUCAGCGUACUGUUUUUUUGUUGUGGGGAAAGGUUUUCGUACAGAAAUAUAAGAUGGGACAUAGGAAAUUUAUCGCAUGGAGUAUUAGAUGCUUCAACACAAGAUGAUGUUCAACGAAACUAUGUUUACGUAUCACGAUUUGUUUUUGAUAAUUGAAGGUAGACAGUUGAGAACAUCGUUGAUUUUUUUGUUGUCGUCUGCAAAGAUUUUGCGUGAACAUUCCGUUGUUUUUCCACUUCUCCACAAGAAUUUGUUCUAUUCAUUUUUUCUUUCAAAGCAAUGAAUUAUUAAACGAUGACGAUCUUGUGUGCUGAAUAUGCAAAUCAUUCUUUAAUUAUGAUUCAUGCUUUAACAAAUUUAGAUAAUGUUACUUCUACAUCUAACUUAAGAAAUAUCAAGAAUUUAACUCUCCGGGAUUGAAAACUUUUCUUUCUCAACCUCGGCUUCAACUGACUAAUAACUUUUGUAAAAUUGUACAGUUUGUUUAAUAACUACUAUAUUCCGUGUACUUAUCUGCAUCCACGUGUUUCUUCUUCACUUCCAUGAAAUCCAUUUAUCUAUGUCCAGUAGGCCUUGUAUAAAUGUAUUUAUGAAUAAACUCGUUUUAUACAAAUCAA